AUCUAUCAAUAAAUCGAAAAGGUAGUAAUAUAAUAUACUUUUAUAUUAGCCUUUAUUAUUUAACUUCCAACGGUACUGUAAUUAGUCAAAUACGUAGUGAAAAGGUAAAUGCGAAUCCAUUAAGAUGACACUAGAUGCCGCUGUUCUUUUAGCUACACCGACAGGCGAGCGAAGAAGUCUUGUCCUGUUUCGUGUGUUUCUGGGAUACUGGCGGACUAAGUGUGCUCUGAAUGUCAUGGCGACCAACAGCGAGCAACUUUCCCGAGGUUUCGUAACGGAUAAAACUGAAGAAAUCCACAACACAGAGUGAGAAAACGGGGUCAGAGCAAAGACUACAGAAAUCAUCACAAAAAUUAAGAUUGGGAUUCAGUUUUUGAAAUGGAGUGUGCAGUAAACACUGGUCCUGAUGAUGAGCCAUCUGAUACUGCUGUUCCGUAUGAAGUCAUUACUGUAAAGGAUGAAAGUGAGACACCAAAAAAGAAAAACAAGAAGCAUAAGAAACACAAAAGUAAAAAGAAACGUAAGAAGCGUAAGGGUGAAAAGGAGAGUAGCUCUGAAUCAGGAGUUGACUCAGAUGGUGAUUCCCAAACCAGAACAAGUGUGAAAAAAGAUGGCUCAUCUAACCCUGAGGCUGAUGAUCAUGCGAAUGCCACAAAAAACUGUAUAGAAGACCUCAGUGAUGUGGAAGCUGAUGCCAAGGUUAAAAAGCAGAAACAUCGUGGUGGGAAAAAGAAGAAGAAAAAAAGACGGAAAGAGGAGGAAAAGCAGGAGAAAAAGUCCUCCUCUCGCUCAAGGUCAGCGAGUACCUCAGUGUCAGGGUCAGACUCAGAACCAGACUCCAAACAAUCACAAAAAUUGGAGGUAGCAAAUUUAAAGAUGGACAGAAAGUCACCUAUCACUGCAGCUAAAUUUUCAAAAGACAAAUUUAAAGAUAGCACAGCUCAGUUGGAAGAUAAAAAGACAGAAAUUACUUCUGAUCACACUGAAGAAGCAAGUUUAAAAUUAGGAGAAAUAAAACCGAUGUCUCCUGAGAUUGCACAUGCAAUAAUCACAGAGAGGGACAUGAAGGUGGAAACUGUUGGGGAACAUGAAAACUUUGGGAAAGCUCAAGAACUUCCUGAUAUUAUCCCUAAGCAAGAGAAUGUGCACAAAGAGCAAGCUGUCCAGAAGGACAUUUCAAAGGAAUCAAAUGGGAAUCAGAAAGAAAAGAAAAAACAGUCCAUCUCCAGGUCAAGGUCAAGGUCACGAUCGCUUUCAGACACUAAAGGGAAAAAAUCCAAACACAGUUGCUCUAGAACUCCAAAGAAGUCAUCUGGUAAAUCAGGACGUCAUAAUGACAGAUCAUCUUCAAGGGACAGGUCUGUGUCUGGCUCUGGUGGGAAGGAUAGAACAAAACGUAGAAGAUCUAGGUCUCCAAGACGGUCCCCGUCCAAAGUAAAAAAGAAAACUGGACGGAGGUCAAGGUCACUCUCUGGAAGAAGAGCAUAUGGCUCUGACUCGAGGUCCCACACAAGGACCAAAAGAUCCAGGACCAGGUCUCCACGACGUGGUCAUCGUUCAAGAUCUAGGUCAACUGGAAGAUCAAGACGUUCACGCUCAAGAUCAAAACAAUCUAUUUCACAGCGGAAGAAUCGGCGCUCAAGAUCAAGGUCCAGAUCUGUACGGAGAGGAAGACACUCAAGGUCCCGCUCUCGAAAGAAAACUCCUCCUCGUUUGAGGCGGUCCAGGUCUAGAUCUGUCCGAAGAGGCAGGCGAACUCGCUCAAGAUCCAUUGUGAUCCUUAAGCGUUCUAGAUCACGCUUGAGAAGAAACAGAAGAUCUAGAUCAAGAUCUGCUCGCAGAAGAUCAGGUUCAAGAAGCCCAAGACGUCAAAGUAAGUCUCGGUCACCUCAACGCACCAGGCCCUCUGCGUCACGUUCUCCGGCAGCCUGUCAAAGGAGGUCAAAAUCUAGGAGCCCUCAUAGCACAAAGUCACAGUCAGCAUCUCCUCAACGACAUAAAAGAUCAAAGUCACGGACAUCUUCACAUAAUUCAAAGUCUGAAUCCCCAAUAUUAGGAAGAACUAAAAAGCAAAAAGGUACACCGUCAAGAUCAGUUUCUCCGAGAUGCACAUCAAGAUCAAGAUCCAUUUCUAGGGAGCGACAGUCAUCAGAUAGAAGUAUAUCUCCUACCAAGAGGGCACACUCUAAAUCUCCGACAAAGGAGGAAAAGUCCUUAAAGGAUAAGAUUUUGAAAGAUACCUCAGAGACUAAACAGCCAGUUUUAGAUCCUGUGGAGGAAAAUCUAGAAAUAAAAGGGUCAGCAGGGUUAAGUGGAUGGAAACCAGUGUCUACUGAAUGUACAUCUGUGCAAAAUCCAUCAAAUGAAGAUGUAAAAUCAUCAGAAUGUGAAACACAAAGUAAAAACAUUGAGCAAGAGCCCGAACAUCCCUCUGAAUGUGAAGGGAGAUCAAACCGAUCCAGAUCUUUGUCCUCAGAGCCAGUUCCUCAACAUAUUACUGUAGGGACAGAUCAAGAUGAUCGCUCAGGGAGCUCACGAUCACCUUCACCGAGUAAAGUUAAAGAAUCAAAGUCCUCCAACAGAACAUCACCUGUUCGUAGAAAGCGCUCCAAAUCAGCUUCUCCCACACAGAAAAGGCGAUCCAAGUCUAAAUCUGUCAGUAGCAAGAGGAGGUCAAGAUCUCCUGUACGAAAACGCAAGUCCAGGUCUCCCUCACAUAGUCGUAAAAAGAGGACAAAAUCUCGGUCUCCUGUUCGGAAAAGAAGAUCAAGAUCAACCAAUCGAAGGGCAAAAUCACGAUCAAAAUCUCACACAAGAGCAAAGCGCUCAAAAUCAAAGUCCCCCAAGCGGAAACGGUCAAAGUCUAGAUCGCCAGCUCGAAAAAGAAGGUCCAAAUCGCGUUCCCCUGCUAGAAAGAGAAGAUCUCGUUCACGGUCAAGGGCUCGUCAGUCACGAUCCAGAAGGUCACGUUCUGUUUCACGUCGGAGGAGACCAGCAUUUCGUGGACGAUCUUUUGAUCGACGAGAUCGAUGGAAACGUGAACCAAGUCAUUCACCAAUUUUGAUUCUCCGUAAGAGGAGGUCCACCUCAAGAUCUCGUCGCAGUUCUAGCAAGACGCCACCACGUCUCACUGACCUAGAUAAAGAUCAACUUUUGGAGAUUGCGAAGGCUAAUGCUGCUGCAAUGUGCGCUAAAGCCGGAAUGCCCAUACCUGAAAGUCUCAAGCCUAAGGCAAUUCUGCAGUUACCUCUGCCAACCCCAGCUCCAACCCCAUUGUCUUUGCCUCUGCCACUUCCUGUGCCCAAUUUACCUAUGAAUCUGCCCAUGGGUAUACCAGGUAUGACUGCAAUGCCUAACAUGACAAUGAACGCUGCCAUGGCAAGUAUGACUGCAGCGACAAUGACUGCUGCUCUCUCCAACAUGGGUGCUCUGGCAUCUAUGCCACCGAUGGCCCCACUUCCUACCAUUACCAACAAGCCCCCUUCAGCACCUACACCUAAUCUGGCUAGUAUUGAGGAGGUGAAGAGGAAAGUGACUCAACAAGCUAACAGCAUUAGCAUCAAAGAGUUUACAGAGAAAUGUAAACAGAUUGCUGAGAGCAAGGAGGAGAUGAGCAUUGCACGGCCACAUGUUUCAGAUGAUGAUGAUGAUGAUGAGAGACGGUAACCCACUGUCCUUCUGCUGCAUCUCGAAUAUAGUCCUGAUGAUGGACACCUGCGGCUUGUAUUUAGGAUGGAUUCUGCUAGAGGAUUGCAUUCUUCAUGUAAAUAAAGCUUUUGUUUGCUCACAGGAGAAGGACAUUAGAGCAUCUGGACACUUGAAGCUACACUGUUUUCAGUCAUCUUUAAAUUGUCAGUUAUUGGAACAGCUGCAAGCUACAGGAACCUUUUUUUCUUUUUCUUUUUUUACCUUGGACUACAAACUACCACAUUGGACCAUUCAGUAUGUCUAAAAGUAGAACAAAGGGGCUGAAGUGUUGAACAGACAUACUACCUGCCCAGACUGACAGUGAAAUGUUUUGCUUUCAGGCUUGUUUUUACCUUCACUACAUAUGGUGCCUCUUGAUGCCAUUGAAGAAGGACCUCUGGUAGAUUUAAUUCAGAUUUAUAGGUGUACUUAAAAGAAAGAACUGAUUUUGUGGUGUAGUUUAGAUCACAGGUAAGGUCUGUUGGUACACACUUUCAGAGCUUUCUGUUAACGUACAGAGACAUGAUCAUUUUAGAAGGUUUUUUUUUUUUUCCUGUCAUUUUAAAAUUAAUGAAGUGUUAGUCACUUGUUUAAAUACAUUAAAGAUAAUUGUUUUUGUUCAUUAACACUUUUGUGAAUUUUUAAAGCAAAUUAAAUGUUGAGUUUCAGAGUUGUGGAUGUACUUGAGUGCUAUACUUAACAGAUGAUGUUUGCAUUGAUGUGCAUUGUAAGGGUUCUGACCACAUCCUUUAUUAACAUUGGUUAAACCUUGCUGUCCUGCUUGAUGGUAACUGGCAUUGUGGCAAAAUUCACAGAUAAUGACUCAUUGAUGAGAUUAAAGGUUUCUAUUCUUAUUUUUAGUCUUCUCAUAUAGUGCAUCCUUGUAUAUGACAGACCACGUUGCAGUUGUGUGGUAUACAAUGCUGUUUUAUCUUUGUGACUGAAAUAUUUGACCCAGCAUAGCUGCAGGGUGGGAUGCUGUAUUUUCAGGAGUGAAAACAUCACCCAUCACUAUUCUAGAUAAAGGGUGAUUAAAAUGCAUAAGAUUGUUUAGACACAUGUACUGUAUAUUGUGUAGGUGUGUGUUUUGUCUGAAUUAUUAUUAUUAUUUUUUACCUCUCCACCUCUACCUCUGUGUUCUAUGGUGGAGACCACUUUACCGAUUUAUCUAAAAAAAAAACAUGAUGAUGGCACAGCUCCUACUAAUUAACUUAAAAAUAUUUAACUCUUUAAGGUCGAUACAUGAAGAUUCAUUGUUAGAGUAUGUUUAACAAGAUGGAAUUUUCCACACAAAAUAGUUGAUAGGUUUGUCACAGUAUUGUUGUCCACAUUUAAGAAAUGAUCCGAACUUCUGUACAGAAUUUCUUUACACUCCAUUAGAUUAAUUAACAAGCAUUGGGAAUUAUAAUUAUUUCGUUUUGCCAGUAUUGUUUAUUUUAAGGGACAUUUCACCCAACAGUGAAAUUAUUGUCACCAUUUAUCCACCCUCAUGUUGUUCCGAACCUGUGUGACUGACUUUUUCUGCAGAAAGGUUUGUGUUAACAUGAGGAUGAGUAAAUGAUGGCAAUUUCCAUUCCUGGACUAUCCCUUCAAUUAGAAAUCUC